AUGCCGGUGCCGGAGCUAACAACCCUCCGGCCCGAAAGGAGGAUAGCUCCUGGCCUUUCUACCCAAGAGCGCAAACCCCGAGGCCCCACUGGGAGGUUCUGCAAUGGAAAAACUGUUAUCGAUGUAUUAUGUGAUUUACUGGGUCUUCCAUAUCUUCCACCAUAUACAAGCCCUGGUCUUAAUGGAACAAGAUUGCUUGGUGGAGUGAAUUAUGCUUCAGCAGCAGGAGGCAUCCUGGAUGAGACUGGCAGAUAUCUUGGAGACAGAUUUGGCUCGAAUCAGCAAGUGUUGAACGUCCAAAGCAACUUGAAUGAAAUCAGAGCCCUAUUGCGUGGCGGUAACAGCUACAACCAAUACCUCGCAAGGUCUAUCGUGGUCAUGGCCUUGGGUAGCAAUGACUACAUCAACAACUAUCUAUUGCCUUCUUUAUACACAUCCAGUUACAACUACACUCCUGAGCAGUACGCAAACCUCCUCCUCAAUCACUACACAAGGCAGAUAUUGGCGUUAUACAGCAUGGGGCUGCAAAAAUUCCUGCUCGCAGGGGUGGGGCCGCUAGGGUGCAUCCCAAGCCAGAGGGCGUCAGGUCUAGCCCCAGCCGAUCGGUGCGUCGAUCAGGUGAAUCAGAUGGUCGGUUUCUUCAAUAGGGGCGUGAGAUCACUGGUCCAGCAGUUGAACACCAACCAUCCAGGAGCAAUCUUUGUUUAUGGCAACACAUAUGGUGCUGUGGGAGACAUUCUCAACAAUCCCGCCACUUACGGUUUCACAGUUGUUGAUCGGGGUUGUUGUGGACUAGGGAGGAACCAAGGACAGGUAACAUGCCUUCCCUUUGCUGUGCCUUGUACUAAUCGGAAUCAGCAUGUAUUUUGGGACGCGUUCCACACAACACAAGCCGUGAACGUGAUCCUCGCACAAAAGGCAUAUACUGGGCCUCAAAAUGAUGUCUACCCCAUCAAUGUGCAGCAACUGGCUCAACUAUAG